GAAGAGAUGAGUUGGAGCGGAGGGAGAGACCGGGAGGGAGUCCCGAGGAGCAGCCAAGAAGCGCGGGGUGUGACUGCUCAAUAGGAUACUCUGCGUUAGCCUCUCUCUCUCGCUUUUUUUUUUUUUUUUAAAAAAACAUUUAUCGCGUACAGGUCCAAACGUUGUCAGCGCUGAGCGCUCGACACACAGAGCGUCAGAACUUGUGAGCCCUCGGCCUUGUCGAAAGCUCUGGAAUUGUCGGGAGAAAUUCACUGAGAGAGUUUUAAGGUGUGGCUGUCAGGCGUCUGCGUUGGAGACGCUCACGUUUGUCGCGGGAGCGUGCUCGUCCAGGGUUCGGCCCUCGUCGUCUUCCCACCAGCCGAAGCGUUUUAGACGUGUUCGGUCAUUUUCUUCCAAAUCUUACGUAACCGACCGCCUUGCCCCACCUUGAACGUUCCGCUUCGUCUUUAACUUUGCAACCGAAAUCGGGUGGCCUCGUGCUUUUUGAGUGCUCCUCUGGGCUUUAACGAGGCCCUCCAGAAUGUAACGGACGUGGCAACUUUACAGUGGAGAGCCGCCACAGGCCAACUGGGCGUGGGGUGCAACCGGCCCGAACAGAUCAGCUGCGCAUAUUCGCUGUCAUAGUGGCGCAGCGGAACCGGCGGAUUGACCUCAAAGUGCCCACUGUAGAUACACUUGUUAAAGACCAUUUUGAAUUAUGCAAGGAAAGACCAGGACCUACCUCCAGGAGUCUGCAAGGUGAUGGCUGACAGAGAUGAGUCUGCUUUCCGCUGCCUAAUACCUUCAGCAGAAUGCCCGCUCUGCAGUUGAAUUCCAGCCUGGCCUUUUGGGAGUCAGUGGGAACUGUCUCGGGACGGCAGAAAUCCAGAUCUACCAUACAGCAAUCGAACAUCCAUGAGUCAAACCUGGGCGGAGCUAAUUGUGACCUUUCACUUCCGCACCACGCUGUGUGAUGAUGACCGCACGGUGAUCGAUGACAGCAAGGCUGUGGGCAGACCCAUGGAGAUAGUGAUUGGCAACAUGUUCAAACUGGACAUCUGGGAGACACUGCUGGCCUCCAUGAGGAUCGGAGAGGUGGCAGAGUUCUGGUGUGACACCAUUCACACAGGCGUGUACCCGCUUGUAUCCAAGAGCAUGAGACGCAUUGCAGACGGCAAAGACCCAGUGGACUGGCACGUUCGCACAUGUGGCAUGGCCAACAUGUUCGCCUACCACAGUCUGGGCUACGACGACCUGGAUGAGCUGAUGAAGGAGCCCAAGCCACUCUUGUUCAUCCUGGAACUGCUCAAGGUGCUGCAGCCCAGUGAGUACAACAGGGAGUCGUGGGCUCUGAGUGACGAGGAGCGGCUGAAGGCGGUGCCCGUGCUUCACGGACAGGGGAACAAGCUGUACAAGCAGCGACGCUACCAAGACGCCACGCUCAAGUACAAGGAAGCCAUCAUCUGCAUCAAGAACGUGCAGGCCAAGGAGAAAGCGUGGGAGGCUCCGUGGCUGAAGCUGGAGAAGAUGGCCCACACGUUAACAUUCAAUUACUGCCAGUGUCUCCUACGCAUGGAGGAGUACUAUGAGGUCAUCGAGCACACCAGUGACAUCAUUAACCAACACCCAGGCGUCAUGAAGGCCUUCUACCUGCGUGGAAAGGCCCACCUGGAGGUGUGGAACGAGGCCGAGGCCAAGCAGGACUUUAGCAAAGUUUUGGAUCUGGACCCGGGAAUGAAAAAGGCUGUGAAGAAGGAACUGGCGGUCUUGAACAUGCGCAUGGAGGAGAAAAACGAGGAGGACAGGAACAAGUACAAGGGCAUGUUUUGAACUGACUUCAAUGUGCCAAGCAGUUCGUGUUAAGGUGAUGCUGAGAGCUACACAAACAUUGACAAAAAAAAAAAAUUAGAUAAAAAAAAAAAAAAAAUGUCAUUCAAAAAAACAUACUGGAUUUGAAAUUUGUUGAUUUGCAGAGUUGAGAGGAUUUGGAAAUGCAGUUGGUUACAAUUACAAGUUACCCCUGUUGAAGAUGUAAUAGUCGUGUAACGAUUUCAAUUACUUUCUCAAAGUAAUAAAACUAAUUAGCGUAUAUUAAUUA